CGUGGCAGGAAGGGGGUGCUCUGUGGUCAGGGAGCUGUUUGCUGAGCACAGCCACACAGUGCCCUCACGGCGUCCGAGCCCUGCUCACGGUCCCCACAUCCUGCCCAGGAUGCGUCCAGCAGUGGUCUUUCUCGUGCUCCUUCUGGCUGAACAAGCAGCCGCCCUGGCCGAGCCUCAGCUCUGCUACAUCCUGGAUGCCAUCCUGUUUCUGUACGGCAUUGUCCUCACCCUACUCUACUGUCGCCUCAAGAUCCAGGUGCGGAAGGCAGCUGUAGCCUGUGAGAAGUCAGAGGGCAUUUACACGGGCCUGAGCAUGCGUACCCAGGAGACAUACGAGACCCUGAAGCACGAGAAGCCGCCACAAUAACUGGAACAGACGCCCUUGGCCACGGCCUCCCAGCCCCCGUGGCCGGCACCACACACACCUGCCACCCUUCGUGCCCGCUGACCUACUCAUGCAGACGCUACGCUCCCAUCACUGGACCGGGAGGCUCUGCAUCCUUUCCAGAGACCUGUGCUCAGGGGCUGGUUGCUAUGGUUAUGCUCUAGCCUCACCCUGAGCGCACUCUUGUCUUCCCAGCCCCAACCCCUGAGUGAUGGAGAUGGAGUGCCACCAAUAAAGCCGUCACACACUGGA